AUGCUUCCUAAACCUUCGCUUCAACGCUCAUCCCCAUCCAUCAUAAACACAACAACCACAACCACCGUUAACGCCGUCGCCUCCACCACCCCACGGAGCCAACUCCACUCUCCCUCGCCCUUGUCGCCUGGGAGUUUAAAACUAGAUUCAUUAAUAUCAAUGGAUGUUCGUCGGAGACAAACCAAGAUGGGUCAGUCUGUCAAAACUGCCGCCGGCGAACCACCCAUGAAACCCCAGAACCACCCUCCCACAGCCUCCGAUGCCCUUCCUCUCCCUCUUUAUCUCACCAAUGGACUCUUCUUUACCAUGUUUUUCUCCGUCAUGUACUUCCUUCUCACAAGGUGGCGUGAAAAGAUCCGUAACUCCACUCCUCUCCACGUUGUUACGCUAUCCGAGUCAAACGAGGAUGCAUGGGACGUAGAAGAUGAAGAAGAUGAGAAAUUCAUUAUCGAGGAAGACAGUCGCAUGGGGACAUCCCCGGCCACCACUCUCGGUUGUGCCGUUCCGGUUGUCCCUAUUGUCCCAGCGCAACCCGCCAAGGUGUCGGUGACUGAAAAGCCUGCACCUAUAAUUACUCCACAAUCAUCGGAGGAGGAUGAACAGAUUGUAAAAUCUGUAGUGGAAGGGAAGACUCCAUCAUACUCUUUGGAAUCAAAGCUUGGAGACUGCAAAAGGGCAGCUUCCAUUCGUAGAGAGGCAUUGCAGAGAAUUACAGGGAAGUCACUAGAGGGUUUGCCUCUUGAGGGUUUCGACUACGAGUCGAUUCUUGGGCAGUGCUGCGAGAUGCCAGUGGGGUACGUUCAGAUUCCGGUGGGGAUAGUUGGGCCUUUAUUCCUUAACGGUACGGAGUACAUGGUGCCAAUGGCCACGACGGAGGGGUGUUUGGUGGCCAGUACCAAUAGGGGCUGCAAGGCCAUCUAUGCAUCAGGCGGCGCCACCGGCACUUUGUUCAAAGAUGGGAUGACUAGAGCUCCGGUGGUGAGGUUCGAAACCGCCAAGAGGGCCGCGGAGUUGAAGUUUUACUUGGAGAAUCCAUUGAAUCAUGAGACUCUCUCUGUUGUCUUCAACAAAUCAAGCAGAUUUGGCAGGCUACAAGGUAUUCAAUGUGCAAUAGCAGGGAAGAAUCUGUACAUUAGAUUCACCUGCAGCACUGGUGAUGCAAUGGGGAUGAACAUGGUUUCCAAGGGAGUGCAAAAUGUUCUUGAUUAUCUUGGGAAUGAUUUUCCUGAUAUGGAUGUUAUUGGCAUAUCUGGAAACUUUUGCUCUGACAAAAAGCCAGCAGCAGUGAACUGGAUCGAAGGGCGUGGCAAGUCAGUUGUUUGCGAGGCAAUUAUCAAGGAAGAUAUUGUAACAAAGGUUUUGAAGACCAAUGUUGCUGCAUUAGUAGAGCUCAAUAUGCUUAAAAACCUUACUGGUUCAGCCAUUGCUGGAGCUCUUGGUGGGUUCAACGCACAUGCUAGCAACAUUGUAUCUGCAGUAUUCUUAGCAACCGGGCAGGAUCCGGCACAAAAUAUCGAGAGCUCUCACUGCAUCACUAUGAUGGAGGCGGUAAACGGUGGAAAAGACCUUCAUGUUUCUGUUACCAUGCCCUCCAUUGAGGUGGGCACAGUCGGAGGUGGAACUCAACUUGCAUCUCAAUCAGCUUGCUUGAACUUGCUAGGAGUAAAGGGUGCAAGCAAAGAGUCAGCAGGGGCAAACGCAAGGCUGUUGGCGACAAUUGUAGCUGGUUCUGUUCUUGCUGGGGAACUAUCUUUAAUGUCUGCUAUUGCAGCUGGACAACUUGUAAAGAGUCACAUGAAAUACAAUAGAUCCAGCAAGGAUGUUACCAAAAUUUCCUCGUAA